AUGGCCAUGCCGCCGCCGAUCCCGAUCUCCAAUCCCCAAUCCGAAUCUCAGCCGCCAAUCGCAACCCCCGCCUUCCGCGCCUUCGCAUCCCGAUUCACCGCCACCGUCCGCCACGCCUUCUCCCAGCGCCGCCCCUGGCUCGAGCUCCUCGACCGCUCCUCCUUCUCCCGCCCAGACUCCCUCGCCGAGGCCGCCUCCCGCAUCCGCCGCAACUUCUCCUAUUUCCGCGUCAACUACCUCUCUCUCCUCGCCCUUUCCCUCUCCUUCUCCCUCCUCUCUCACCCCUUCUCCCUCCUCCUCCUCCUCGCUCUCCUCGGCGCCUGGCUCUUCCUCUACGCCUUCCGCCCAUCCGACCAGCCCGUGGUGGUGGCAGGCCGCGCUUUCUCGGAUCGGGAGAUGCUGGGAAUUCUGGUGGUAUCCACGGUAGUCGUGGUGUUCCUCACCAGCGUGGGGUCUCUGCUCAUCUCCGCCCUGCUGGCCGGCCUCGCCGUGGUGUGCGCCCACGGCGCCUUCCGCAUGCCGGAGGAUCUGUUUCUGGAUGAGCAGGAGCCGAUCGGUUCUGGAUUCCUCUCGUUCCUGGGCGGCGCCGCCUCCUCCGCCGCCGCGGCCGCUGCUCCCGCAGUUGCAGGGCGCGUGUGA